GGUUUCCUGUCGGGGCCACGUCAGACAUUUCGUGGUAUGGUUGCAUCACGGACAACCAAAGGCCACAGCCAACAACAGCAGUUUUGAACGCUCUCCUCGCCCCUGCCUCCACCGCCUUCACCUUCCACUUUCUUCACCUCCUUUGCCGUCCAGACUCAAGAUGAGUGCUGCCGGGCGGGUGCUCAAGAUUGUGGCGGUGGGCGAUGGUUUUGUAGGGAAGACCAGCUUGCUAAUCACCCACACAGCGGGCGCUUACUCCGAGGAAUACGUCCCGACUGUCUUUGAGAACUACGCGGGCAAUCUGACGGUGGACGGCGUGGAGUACAACUAUACCCUCAUGGAUACGGCGGGGCAGGAAGAGUUUGACCGGGUCCGAAUCCUGUGCUAUAACGGGGCAAGCGCGUUCAUCGUCUGCUUCGCCGUCAACAGCCCGACUUCUCUGGCCAACGUGAAAACCCAGUGGCUGCCGGAGAUCAGGAAGGAGUGUGGGGAGACUGUGCCCGUCGUCCUUGUAGGAACGAAGUCUGACCUGCGCUCCACAUCCACGGAUACUAUGGUGAAGAGAGCGGAGGCGAGGAAGGUGGCGAGAGCCUGCAAAAUGUACAACUACGUCGAGUGCUCAGCUAAGGCCAUGACGGGCUGUACCGAGGUGUUCGAGGAGGCGGUGCGGUCCGUGGUUAACCCGCAGGACCACUGGAAGCAGUGUCCGCUGUUGUGAGGGUCCGGGUGUGAAGUCCAGGUAUAUGUGUGUGUGUGUGUUUGUGUUGUAGUGAGGUUAUAAGUGCCUGUAGUGUGGAAUUUGUAGUGUUUCUUGUUCUGGUUUGAUUUGAGUGUUUUUUCUAUGUAUUGUGUGUUGUAUAAUUGCUGUGUUUGUGUUGUAGUGAGGUUAUAAGUGUUUCUUGUUUUGGUUUGAAUUUGAGUGUUUUUUCUAUGUAUUGUGUGUUGUAUAAUUGCUGUGUUUGUGUUGUAGUGAGGUUAUAAGUGUUUCUUGUUUUGGUUUGAAUUUGAGUGUUUUUUCUAUGUAUUGUUUGUUGUAUAAUUGCUGUGUUUGUAUUGUAGUAAGGUUAUAAGUGUUUCUUGUUUUGGUUUCAAUUUGAGUGUUUUUUCUAUGUAUUGUUUGUUGUAUAAUUGGUGUGUUUGUGUUGUAGUGAGGUUAUAAGUGUUUCUGGUUUUGGUUUAAAUUUGAGUGUUUUUCCUAUGUAUUGUUUGUUGUAUAAUUGGUGUGUUUCUUUGUGUUGUAGUGGAAGCAAGUAUUAUUUUUUUGUUAUGUAUGUAGUGAAACAACUUUUUGUGUGAAUUUCCGUAGAGUUGUAUUAUUUUUAGUGUUGUAUGAUCUGAGUUGCAUGAAGUGUUGUAGAAGGAUUUCCUGUUGUUUUCUAGUGCCAAAAAACAAGAAAAAACAAGGAAAACAACCCCCACUCGAGUCAUCUGUACAUAGUGUUACGAAAUUGGUGUGUCGUGUGUGUGUGUCUGUGUGUUCGUGUGUUGCAUAAUUUGAGUUCAUGUACCGCGUUCUAUUAUUAAAAAAAAAACCUUCACUUGUUCCUAGUACCAUUAUUAAACGUGGAAGUUGUGUGUGUAGUGUUGUGAAAUGUGUGUGUGUGUGUGUGUGUGUGUGUGUGUGUGUGUGUGUGUUCUUAAUUUUAUAUCGCGUAUAUCAAGCAGUAUAACAUUUGUGUGACAAGUCAGUUUGAGCUCAAUUACAUCAUCACUCACUCCCACAUCUGGUUUUAAUUUGCUCUGCCGUCCUAUCCUGUCCCAUUGUCCCACCCUGUCCCAUUGUCCCACCCUGUCCCAUUGUCCCACCCUGUCAAAUCCUGUCCUAUAUCCUUCACCAGACGGACGUAUACUAACGGAUCACAAUACACUCGUUCUGUUUUAAUACAAUACAAUAAUACAAUACAAUAAU